AUGGAUAGCUUCCAGCAGAACACCGGCAGAGCCUGCUUCACCUGCGGCCAGACCACUCACCAGGCCCGUGACUGCCCCCAGCGUGGUGCUGCCAAGUGCUACAACUGCGGCAACGAGGGCCACAUGUCCCGUGACUGCCCCGAGGGUCCCAAGGACAACAAGGCCUGCUACCGUUGCGGCCAGUCUGGUCACAUCAGCCGUGACUGCCCCAGCGGCGGUGCUGCCGGUGGUGGCCAGGGCGGUUCGUCCGAGUGCUACAAGUGCGGUAAGGUCGGUCACAUCGCUCGCAACUGCCCUGAGGCUGGUGGCUACUCUGGUGGUGGUGGUGGCGGCGGCUACGGCGGUGGCUACGGCGGCGGCCAGGGUGGCCAGGGCCGCACUUGCUACUCGUGCGGUGGCUACGGCCACAUGUCCCGCGACUGCAUCCAGGGCUCCAAGUGCUACAACUGCGGCCAGACUGGUCACUUCUCCCGUGACUGCCCCAAGGAGUCCACCGGUGGCGAGAAGAUGUGCUACAAGUGCCAGCAGACUGGCCACAUCCAGAGCCAGUGCCCCAACUAG